AUGCCUCCAAUUCCGAGGAACAACAACAAUGCGCCUUUCUCCAUUUCCACACUUUUCAUUUUCUUCGUCGUCAUCUCCAUUUUCUCUCUCGCUUUCUUUUUCUCUUCCUCCACCACCACCACAACCAUCUCACACCGUUCUCUCCCUCUUCAACCCCUCACCUCUUCCGGCAUCAACGUCUACGUCGCCGACCUCCCCAAAUCCCUCAACUACGGCCUCCUUAACCGCUACUGGUCCUUCGACGCUGAUUCCCGUAUCGGCAGUGACGCAGACCGUGAAAUUCGAUCCACCAAUUUGGGUAAAACCCUAGAAAUUCCACCGUAUCCGGAGAAUCCAAUUUUUAAACAGUAUAGUGUGGAGUACUGGAUCAUGGGGGAUCUUAUGACUCCUCCUCGAUUACGAUCUAGGUCGUUCGCAAAACGGGUUCUUGACGCACGUGACGCUGAUGUGGUCUUUGUUCCAUUUUUUGCUACUCUGAGCGCUGAAUUGCAACUGGGUACGGCUAAAGGAGUCUUCAGGAAGAAGGCUGGGAACGAGGAUUACCAGAGGCAGAGGGAGGUUAUUGAUUUUGUGAAGAAAACUCAAGCUUGGAACCGUUCUGGUGGUCGAGAUCACUUGUUUGUUAUCACUGAUAUGCAUGUUUCCUCCUCUCGAAAUCUGUAA